AUGAGAAAUGAACUCUUAAAAGAAGAAUGUCAUAGAGAAUACAGAAAAAAACAAUUUCAACAACAGUGGUUAUCAGAUGAGAAAUAUAAAUUAUGGUUAAGAGAAGUAAAAUCUGAACCAACUAAAUGCAAGUGUAUUGCAUGUAAUGUUGAAAUCAUGUGUGGCAAAAGCGAGAUUGAGAAACAUGCAAACAAAAAUAAUAUUAAAAUCUCUGAAAUCAAAUUAGCAGCAUUUUUAGCAGAACACAAUGUUGCUCUACACACUAUUGACCAUUUAACUCCUUUACUAAAAGAGAUUUUCCACGAUUCAAAAAUUUGUAAAGGUGUAAAUCUUCAUCGUACCAAAGUCACUAGUGUCAUUAAAAAUAUUAUUGCACCAGUUGAAAUUUAUGAAACAGUUGAGAUAAUAAAAAACAAUCCAUUUUCUGUAUUGGUUGAUGAGAUGGUAUGGGUACACACAAAACUUUUGGAACUUGUAUCAGUCAAUGCUAUAAAUUGUUCAGCCAAAAGCAUAUAUGGCCAUUUCAAAGAGUGUCUUUUAAAAAAAAAUAUUCCUUUGAACAAUAUUGUCGGAGUAGCUUGUGAUGGUGCUGCGGUAAUGGUUGGAAUACACAAUUCUUUUAUGACUUGCAUGGUAGAAGAUUCACCAAAAGUAAUAAAAAUGCAAUGCAUCUGCCAUUCUUCAGCACUAGUAGCGUCAAAAGCUUGUUUAAAUCUUCCCAGAACGGUUGAACAGUUAAUUCGUUCAAUUUCAUCAUAUGUAUCUGGGAGCGCAAAGCGUUAUGCGCAAUUAGUUGAAAUUCAAGAUUUUUUUGAUAACCAGCGUAAAACAAUUUUGAAGCUUGCCGAAACUCGUUGA